AUGAUCUUUUUUUUUAUCCAAAUUGACACCUGUUCCUCUACCUUUACCCUUUCUCCUCUAUUUCCCUUCUUUUACUCUCUCUCUCUCUCAAUUUUUCUCUUUUUCUCUCUCCCUGUUUUAUCUUCCCCCUUUUUCCCCUUUCCCCUCGCUUUUUCUCUCCCCCUUUUCCCCUUUCCCCUCGCUUUUUCUCUCCCCCGUCCCCCGCCUUUUCUCUCUCCCCGCUUUUCUUUUCUCUCUCCCCGCUUUUCUUUUCUCUCUCCCCGCUUUUCUUUUCUCUCUCCCCCUUUUCUUUUUCUCUCCCCCCUUUUCUUUUCUCUCUCUCUCUCCUUCUUUUCUCUCUCUCUCUCCCCUUUUCUCUCUCUCUCUCCCCUUUCUCUCUCUCUCUCCCCUUUCUCUCCCCCUUUCUCUCCCCCUUUCUCUCUCUCCCCGCUUUCUCUCUCCCCGCUUUCUCUCUCCCCGCUUUCUCUCUCCCCGCUUUCUCUCUCCCCGCUUUCUCUCUCCCCGCUUUCUCUCUUUUUCUCUCUCUGCUUUCUCUGCUUUCCUCUUUCUCUCCCCCUCUCUCUCUCUUGUGCGCUCUUUUCAAGAUUCAUAUCUUAA